UCAACCUACCGUUGUAAAUGUAAAUGAUUUUAUUUUUACAAUCUUUUUGAAAAUGGUGUCACGCUAUAAACUAUAUUUGUCGCGUGUUUAGAGCGUGUGUUUCUUAAUGUCACUUUAGAUGGACGCGAACAGGUGUUUUAAAGUUCUACCCUUUGCUGUCGAAAGAGAUCAAGAAGGAAGAGUCUGGUGACUACAAUUAACUCACUAGCAAAGCUCCAAAAAUGGCAGAAAGAAAGAGAGUGCCCGCCCAGACUGAUCAAUCCAUGGCAUUCCGUUCCCAAAAGGAGAUGUUUGAAAAGAUGGAGGAAUCUUUCAAAGUGUGUGCUCAUUGUGAGAAGAGCUCAAAUCAGCUGGCAAACCAUCAAAGCCUGAAGCGCUGUUCCAGAUGUUUGAAUGUUUAUUACUGCUGCAAGGAGUGUCAAAAGGUCAACUGGCCUAAACACAAAAAGUUCUGCCCACAAUUGCGUCUCGCAGCCAUGGACAGAGUAGUGGAAUGGCUCGUGUACAAAGGAGAUCUUCCAUUCCCUACGGGCAAAUGGUCAAAGCUCGAAUCCGAAAUCAAGAACUGGGACGACUGGCUUGCCAUGCAGGGUGAUCUUACCGCUUGCCUCGACCCCAUUUUGACAGGAGCAAACAUGGAGAAAUUGUGGAACGACGCAAGCAGGACUCGACCUGAGCAUAAAGACUUGAGCGAGUCCAUCUGGAGAGUUUGCAGUGAGUUCUUCUCCAAACCUCUCACCAUUGCCUGGGGAAUGAGGCUGUUUGGCCUGAGUCCAUAUUCUAAACCUCUCACCAUUCAUCUGGUGGGAGCUGGCCAAAGCGAGACUCUUGCUGCAAAAUUGACAGAUUACGACGAACUAAAUAAGAUGUUCCCGGGGCACCAAGGGAUAGAAAUUGUCAUGGUGGGACCAGAGUUGAUGAAGGGGCCCAUCAUGAGGCCUCCACUUACAGCCUUUGGGCCAAGGCAGAGAGUCUAUAUCAGUGCCUACGAGGGCCUAUAUCAUCAGUUCUGGGAGGAAGUGGUAGAAAAAGAGGAAGCAGCCAAGCCUGAUCUGGUGGUUGGAUUUCAUCCUGGAUUUGAUGCCAGUCAAGGUUUGGAGCAAGGUUGGCUUCCAACACUCCUACUUCUAAGGGACUACGAAAUCCCUUCUCUUUUCACUGCGCUAAGCGAGGCAGAGAUGACCUACUCGCUGCAGAUCCUGCUGGAGUUGGAGAUGAACAUGAAGGGAAGUGGUGCCAACCCAUUUGCUUCACUCAAACCAGAAGUGGUGGGCUCAUGUCCCAACAAGCCACCUGAUUACGGCAAUUCACAUUACUUUUGUUUUCAAGGUUUAAAAGAGAUUGUGGAGUUUGAAGAACCAGAUGAGGCCUCCAUGUAAAGCACAUUAGUGAACUACCGUACAUCAUUAUCUACUAACUCAAAUUCAAUGAUUAUUAAUGACUUUCUUUGACUAACCUUGGUUAAAAAAUAAAAAAAAACAUGACUUAUUUUAAAAAUAAAUAAUGACCUUUCACAAUUAGUGAAAUUCACAACCGUUGAUCCAUUUCCUAAUUUAUCUGAGUAUAGUAUGGAAGGCCUGCUAACCAUUAAUUCAUCAUGCUUCCCUGUGUAUAAAUAUGCACUUAGUUAAUUGUAUACAUUUAAUAAUACUGUAAUAAUAAAAUACGAAAAUGACUUUCUUGCCAACACGGAACACAUUAUUAAAACAGGUGCCUGAUUCUGGACGGACUUAUU